AUUCACACUAAGUUGCACAAAAUUUUCUCAAUAACACAGGAACAGUUAAAUCAAGUGCAAGUGGAGUUAAGUAACAUACAAAAGAAGUUCGAAGAGGCCAUAAGAAAGCUUGAGGAGAAGAUUAAUGUGCUAGAGAUGAAAAUACCGUCUUCUGGAGGAAACGAUGGUCCCUUUACGUGGAAGAUAGGCAGCUUUAGCGAACUCUUAAGAAAAGCUAAAAGCGGAGAGCAAACCGAUCUUUACAGUUCUCCAUUUUACAGAUAUGGUUAUAAAUUUAAGUUACUUAUAAGCCCAAAUGGCCAAGGCGAUGGAAAAGACACUCACUUGUCGAUAUUCAUAAUUAUAAUGAAAGGUGAAUACGAUGCCACUUUAACUUGGCCUUUUAAUAAAAACGUGACAUUUACCUUGAUUGAUCAACAAGAAGAUGCAAAUGCCAGGGAAAACAUUGCUGAAUGCCAUAACGUUGACCCUUCGCUUAAAAACUUUGCCAGGCCGGUGGAAGACGAGAACACGGGGCGGGGCUAUCCUACAUUUGCAUCCCAAGAAAAAAUACAAAAAAGGCGCUACAUUGUAGACGACACUAUUUUUAUUCAGGUUCAAAUAGCUUCACCAUAA